AUGCCUUUCGAUUAUCUGGAGUGGCUGGUUCCUGUCCUACCAGAAUCAUGGCUUAUAUACCUUUACGAGCAGGCUAAAGCCCAGAAACCCACCCACCUCCACGACGAUCCGUAUGUGAGGCCAGUGAUAAGGAUAUCAGACAAAAUUGCUGUAAAGUGCGGGCAUGGAGUGGCCCCAGGUGAGGCUGCGACACAGCAAUAUGCCUAUCAACACCUCGAUCGACGGGUUGUUAGAGUUCCACGGGUCUACCGCUACUUCCAAGUGAAAUCUAACUCUUCAUGGCCGAUAGGCUACAUUUUUAUGGAAUAUAUCCCUGGGAAAACACUCGAAGAGGUAGACCUAAACAAUGAUGACAUCUCUAAGCGUCUCGCUGAUAUUGUCUCCGAGCUUGCAACAGUAUCUGGGGGUGCUAUACCAGGACAAAUUAAUGGUGGGACACUUGAAGGAUACUUAUGGGGGGAUGAUGGCACAAAAGAUGUUUUUCACUCCGUUGAUGAUAUGAAUCACUGGCUCAACAGGCGACUUAAACUUCUUAACAAGGAGAUAAACCUACGGCCAUACCCGCUUGUUCUCUGCCACCUUGACCUUUGUCGUCGGAACAUAAAGCUAUUGGAUGACGGAUCUCUAUGUUUGCUUGACUGGGGUCAUUCCGGCUUUUUCCCACGGUUCUAUGAAGUCGCUGCUGCUCAGUGUAUCAAUGAUGAUGGUGCUUACAUCCGAAGUCUCUCUAAUGCCGUUAAAAACCAAGCAAACCUAUCUGAAGACGAGGAAAAAUGCGUUUGGCUGAUUUUGAGGGCUCGAGCGGCAAGUUUGCGCUAUAUAUUGUGA